CAAUUAUAACGGCUAUUUUGACUACUAUUCUUCUUUGUUUCGUUUAGUUAUUUCCAACGACAUUCCCCUCGGUAUUUAUCGUUGGAAAACUUUGAUUAUUUAAGUUUUACACUAAGAACAAUGCUUUUAAUGUCGUUGUACAACUGUUGUCGAUUAACGUGACCCUACUUGUUGCAAAAAUAGCUUCAGUUAUAUCAUAACGAGGGUCUUUCCAGUCCUUAUGCAUAUUGCUGCUUCCUACUAGCACUUUAAGGUGGUUAAGUUAUUUCUGCCCCACAGUAACGUCCUCUCUGCACUGCAGUCAGCGCCACUCUUACAUUUGGCGUAGGAAGGUCACGUUACAAAGCGGGUCGGCACUAGCUGCUGCCGGAGAGAGGAGGACUGCGCAAAAACCACGGCCCGGAUUUCAGCCUUACUGACGUCAUGUGGAGCCACAGACCUCUUUGACAGGGUCCAGCAAAGGAAAGCACCGGAGGUUUAUGAUCAACAUCUAGCGGGCCGGGUGAUGUCGACGAGGACCUCGCAGUUUAGUGCCAGAGAGAAGUAAGGACAGCGAGGCAUGGUGCAAAUCUCCGCUUUGCUCAAUUGUGCGAUUGCGGUGUAUCAUACGAGCGCGCUUAUCCGUUAUUAAAGGGACUCCAACGGCUGUUUUCUGCCUCAAAACGAUCUGCAGCGUUCACUCGGGAGGGAUAAGCAGCCACAGAACAACUACUAAUCCCUGGGACUAUCAUAUCCGCGGCUGGUGGGGUUCGGACCAGACAGAAAAUGGUCAGGGCAGCACGAACGGGAUUAAAUGAUCUGGAAUAAAGGACACGCCGCAAACAAAGCGAACCCGUUUCAGUGUUAUGCCCGUCAACCCGUGUAGCCUGUAUUUGACUGGAAAUGGGAGCAUUAACGAGCAGACAAAACAUAGGCGUGGAAGAAGUGGACAUUCCGUCCAAUUCGGUCUACCGUUAUCCGCCGAAAUCUGGGAGUUACUUCGCCAGCCAUUUCAUCAUGGGAGGCGAAAAGUUUGACUCCACUCAUCCAGAGGGUUACCUGUUUGGGGAAAACACAGACCUUAACUUCCUGGGGACCAGACCUGUAGCGUUCCCAUAUGCUGCCCCUCCACCUCAGGAACCAGUAAAGACGUUACGAAGCCUUAUAAACAUCCGCAAGGACACGCUGCGGCUCGUACGGUGCAGCGAGGACCUGAAGCUGCCUGGUGAUGAGGCAGCUGGGAAGAACAGGGCCUGUUAUAACAUAGAGUUUACCUUCGAUGCUGACACACAAGUGGCCAUCACCAUCUACUACCAGGCCAUAGAGGAGUUUCACAAUGGAGUGCCAGUUUACCUGCCUCAGGACAGCUCCCUGCAGUCUGAGACGGUUCACUUUAAGAGAGGAGUGUGCCAACAGUUCUGUCUGCCCUCACAUACCGUUAACCUCAGUGAGUGGGCUGAUGAGGAGCUACUGUUUGAUAUGGACAAAGAGAUUUUUCCCAUGGUGGUGCAGGCAGUUGUAGAUGAAGGGGAAGAACAUUUGGGACACUCUCACAUACUGCUGGCUACAUUUGAAAAGCACAUGGACGGGAGCUACUGUGUAAAGCCUCUGAAGCAGAAACAAGUGGUGGAUGGAGUGAGUUAUCUCCUGCAGGAGAUCUAUGGGAUCGAGAACAAAUACAACAGCCAAGAAUCAAAGGUUGCUGACGACGAGAUCAGUGAUAACAGUGCUGAGUGUGUGGUGUGUUUGUCAGACGUGCGAGACACUCUCAUCCUGCCGUGCAGACAUCUGUGUCUCUGCAACGCCUGUGCCGAUACACUGCGCUACCAGGCCAACUGCUGCCCCAUCUGCAGACUGCCAUUCAGAGCUCUGCUACAGAUCCGAGCCAUGAGGAAGAAACUCAGCCCUCUGUCACCCACCAACUAUAACCCCGUCAUCACGUCACAGACCUCUGACUCAGAAGAGCACUCAGCGUCAGAGCACAUCCCACCAGGCUACGAGGCCGUGUCUCUCCUGGAGGCGUUGAACGGUCCCCUCACCACCUCCUCAGUGGUUCCUCCUCCUCUCCACUCGGGCCCCAGCCACGUCUCCGGAGCACUGCCCCCUUACAGCAGCGAGCCUCACCCAGCACCGGCCCGCUCACUCUCCCCUCUAGACCACUCGAACUCCAGUCAGGGACUCAAACUCAAGAAGAGUGGUUCAAAGUCACUGUCCCAGAAUUCCUCUGUGCUUCCCGAGGAGGAGGAUGAGAAAUCUUGCAGUGAAUCAGAGGCCUGUCGGCACAAACUCGCUGUAGACCAACAGGAGAAUGGAGUGACUCCAGACAGCGAGAACCUGACUCUCUCCUCAUCAGGUGCCAUCGACCAUUCGUCCUGCACCGGGACACCGCUGUCUUCCACAAUCACCUCACCUGAAGACCCCGUGAGCUGCAGCCUGGUCCAGUCAGUGAUGUCGAUGGCCUCCUCCCACUCGCAGCACUCCCACAUCAGCAUUGACACCAUGUCCUCCAUGUCAGGGUCCUACCUGGCCGGGGCCGAUGGCGAUCCCGCGGGGGACGACGGGGGAGACGUGGAGGCAGAGGAGAAUCAAGACGCCCCCAUGGAAAGCCGAGGACCGUCACAGCAGGACGGGGAGUUUUCCCAGGAGCCAAAGGAACAAAACUACUCUCUGGCCGUAGAAGAGCAGGAUUCAGAGGGAAAUGAUGUCACUGAGGAGGACUGCUCCUCACCAUCUAACGGGAAAGGUGGGCGGAGCAGGUGUCCAGAGUUGGCCAAUAACAAUCAGGGCGUCGCCCUCUGUGACACGCCCUCUUUGGGGUUGGAUAAUGAGCAGGCUUCCGACAGCCGAUUCGCUGGUCUGAUGUACCUGGGUGGCUACAGGCCUGUUUUGGAGCCCCGCCCCCACCACACCUCCAACAGCAACAUAAAUCUGGAGGAGCAGGGGGCGGAGAACCGAGACGGCCAGAGUCCUAAACAUCCCCGCCGCGGACCGCUCAUUGUGUAACACACUAAAACAAGCCUGCACAUACACACACUCACUAAACACAGACUUGUACAUCCAGAGUCAGCUCUUCUUACCCUGCCAUAGUGCUGCAUCGCUGGAUUUUCUCCUCACUGACCAGGGAAACGACCCCCCUUCAACUUAAACCCGCCCACUCCUCCAUCAAUGUGGACACUUCCUGGAUUGAUUGUCAUAAAACUGGCGCUAAAACUCCUCUCGAGUGGAAAGAGGAGGGAGGAGGAUCAGAAAGUCUUCACCCCGUCCGUCAUCUGUGCACUUUGAUCUCACAGGAGUGUUUUUUUUUUCUUUUUUGUCUGUGACUUGUUGCUACAUUUUUAUUUAUUACCUGUAGGUCUGACCAAUGAGAGCUUUGUAUUGUGACUCUUGAAAAACUCACAUGCUGCUCCUCUCCUCCCCUUUCCUCUCCUCUAUUACCAGCCAAACAGUCAGGGGCUACUGUGAUCGGCAAUCGGAUUUAUUACUAACGUCUUUCUUCUUCUCUGUUGUUUGUUGAAUGAGAGGUCGAUAAAAGUCAGCUCUCACCGGACCACCUUACUAGCUGAAACAAAAAAAAAAAACAUGCUGACUCCUCUCCUCGGAUCAGGGAGCUCCCGUCUCAACUUCGCAUGCAGCUUCUCAACUCUUCUGCUGAUGUUUUUCCUCUCAUAUCCACGAUAAGUUCCCAAACACCUCUGCUGAAUGUGAACGCAGAAGCAGCCGGACUUGUACGGCAAGAAAGGGCAGCCAAAUACGAACAGAAAUGGACUGAAAAAUCAAAAACAGAAUGUAGGACAAUGAAGAAGGGGAAUGUACAUUACAUCUAACCACCUAAACUGGAUUUAAACAUGAACUUUGGACCUAAAUCUGGUUGUCCAGCCACACUCACGCCAUCUCCUUCUUCUGCAGCUCCAUCUUAGCAUGUCAGUAUUAUCGUAGUGCAACUGGAUAUCAACAACUACCACCAAGCAAUAAAGACAACAAAGCUGCAUCUCUCUCUCCUGCAGGAGGACGCUCACUUUCUGUUCAAAGAAAACUGUUUGCACUGGCCUGUUGUACUCAAAUCCAGACAUAUUUCAGUGUGUUCAAGUGUUAUUUUAUAUAUAUUUUUGCCAUUGUAAAGGAAUUUAUAGUGAGAAAUACAUCUCACUGUAAAAUGUGAGUGUAAGCCAACACCACGGUUAGCUGGCAUUUUCUUCAUCCAUCAUAUUUCCUCGUUAACAUCAUCCUGACGAGCCGUUUUCUCCUCGUUUUUUGUGAAGCUUUCAGUUGUUUUGGUUUUGUAUAACUUUAAUGUAUUGCUCACCUGUUGUUGAUACUCUGUCUCUGUGUUUUUAUUUGUUGCAAAACACUGUGUUGUUUAUUAGAAUGUGGAUGAAAAUAUGUGAAAAAUUCGUAAAGGUUUACACACUUUGCGCACACGCGCACGCUCACAUAAUGGAAAACUCAAAAGGGAUGAUAACAACGUUUGAUGCACUAUUUGCUGUUUCCUAGACAACACUUUGCGGUGCAUGAGGCGAUAGUAGAGUAAGCAUGUUAGUCUAGGUCAGCCUGCACCCUCCUGUAGAGUACUUGAUGAUGGAUCACUGCACACAUAAAAACGCACCAUAUCCUUCUGCAGUGUUAUUUAUCGGUUGCUGGCUCAAUAUUCCCUUGACCUGAACUGUUGAGGUCAAGAGUUCUGCACUACUUACUAUAUCCAAGCUGCAAACAGUUGUGUGAUCACAGUCCGAAUGUGUAGAUGAAUCCAAACAGUCUCAGUGUGACAUCAAAGGAUCGGGUCCGGACCCCACUUUUGUAGACUUAAGAGUGAAAAUGUCAAAGAAAACAUCAAACGGACAAUAAAGUUUUUUGCAUCGAAACAGUCA